AUAGUAUUGUUGUUAUAGAGAAGGUGUUGAAAGCUUUAUUUACAAUAUUGAUACCAUUUAUGCCCUCUCAUGAUGAACUUGAAGAACCUGAAGAUGAACCAGUAUUCACCUACCAGGAUGAAUAUGAAAUUAGCAAAUUAUCUCCAGCCUAA